GUCCCGAGCAUCUUCCUCUCCUCCCUAAAUCCCACCCCCCAUCGUCCCCGAUACAUCUCCUUCUCUUUACUGAUCAAGUCCCAUUGCAAGUCCGGCAACUCCGCCCUCGCAUCCAAACCCUCUAAAGAAAUGCCAGUCCAAGGAGCAUACACUGUCACAACCGUUACUACAACGACCAUCCUCGACUCCCCUAACAAAGAGAAGAAGCGCAAGAGCGGAGAAGCUCUGGAAGGAGAUGAAGGAUAAGAAGUUGGUCCCUGAUGCGGCUGCGUACAAUGUUAGAAUCAUGGGCAAGGUUUUAGCGAAAUCGAAACCCGAAACGGUUUUGAAGAUUGUUCAGGAGAUGGAGGAAAACGGGUUAAAACCCGACACGAUUACUCAUAAUUACUUGAUUGAUUGUUAUUGUAAGAAUGGGAAAUUCAAAGAAGCAAGGGAGGUUUAUGAGGGGUUAGGGGGAAAAGGGUGUGAGGCGAAUUAUAGGACGUAUAAGGUUUAUAUGAUGGAGCUGUGUAAGAAGGGGGAUUUGAAUGGGGGGCUGGAGGUUUUCGGGGAUGCUUUGAAGGAGAAGAAGGUUCCGGACCUUGGGGCGGUGAAGAUUUUGGUGGAAAAGUUGGUGAAGGAAAAAAGGGUGAGGGCCGCGAAGAGGGUGGUUACGGGGUUGAGGAAGAAGUUUGAGAAGGAUUUUGUUGGCGGGUGGUUGGAGUUGGAGAAGAUUGUUGGGUUGGAUAAGAAUGAUGGCGGUGAAGAGGAUGAGAAGGUUGUGGAAGCUUGAGAUUUGUCUUUCUAGAGGCGUAAGCUUUAUCCUCUGUUAGGGUAAGAGGGGCCUGCAUCUUCGGACUUGGAAGAGCAAUAGCCAAUAGGUCUCCGGUCUUGAUCAGUUUUUAUCUGUUUAUCUUUUGAUAUAUGGCUCUCUUAAGAGUCCUUUCCAUUGUAUGAUUUUAUUAAACACUUAUCACAUGUUACUCACAAGGGGAGAGACUCUAAAACUUGGACUGUUUUUCGUAGCAUUGUUUUGGUUUUAUGAGAUUGUCAAUCUGAAUUAAUGCCGAUAUCAUCUUAAAAAUC